AUGGCACAAGCCGAAUCUCCCAGGUCGCCGACUGGCCCUGACACUCUUCACUCUGUCACUGCACUCGCUCGUUUUGAGUUCGAACCUGGCAAAGGCAACGAUGGCACCAAGGUGAUGAUGGUUGAAUGGCAAGACGAUGAUCAGGCAAGAGAUAAAUCAGGCAGAUGGCAGGUCUCGUGGCCGGGCAAACGCACCGUCUUCCCAGCAGACGACAAUCCUUCGGACAAUAUCCGUCGUGUGUAUUUCCUUCUGCCUCCGGGUGCCAUUGUGCCACCUCACAUCACCCUGGCAUACCAUCCUCCCCCCCGAGCCGCCUCACCGACCGAGACCUCAACGACAGAGCCAGCCCCUCUAGGAAUGACGGUGAACCCGCUACCUGCUAUAUUCACGCCUGAGCUAGGAGCCACGGCCAAGACCAGUGGGAGAAAAGGCGUGCUACACACUAUAUGGGCGAAGAAGAGGCUUCAAGUCUUGGAGAAGGAGAUCAAGCACGAGGAAGAACACAACCUCGAAGGCAUUGCGUUGGAGAUGGCCAGGUCGGAGAAGUCGUGGAUCGAGAAUAACUUCGGCCUGGCUCCGAAACCCCCCAGCCUUGAUCUGAGCAAUAUCUCCAAAUCUCUAGGCCCGACGAGUCCGGGGAUCCAAAGUCCCAAGUCUCCCGGUGGAAGACGGCUGAGCGAGAAGCUCAAAGGCUUGAGCAUUGGCACCAGUGACAGGGAACUCAACGCCAGAGGCCUCAACACUCCAACUCGCGAAUCCCAUCCGCUCUCGCCUGAGGCUUCAGACAUGGCAUAUUCGUCAUUCAGUAGCUUCCGGAAUGGCCCACCACCCACUUCAGCGGUCAGCGUCGGCAAGAAGGUCGUCGCUCAAGCACCACCAGACUAUAUCAGAAAACAGCAGGGACAAUCACCCGUCACUGCUUCUCUCAGCGCCAUCAGCCAGAUAGCCAAGCCAGAUGAAGAACCUGCAGACGAUGAUUUGUUUGCGGUCGCCCUGAGUCCACGAUCACCGGAUGGCCCUAAGAGCCCAUUCUCGAUAUCGAGCGCAGAAGUCGGGGCGUUCGCGAAGAUCAAGGGCGAACGAUGA